AUGUCGACAACUACCACUACAGUGACCAGUGAGAUCAGCUCACUCCGUCUCUCCGCUGAAGAAGUCCGACUUCCAGCCCCUCGAGAUGACAGAAAGUCGCGCCUGCAACAAGUCGUCGUGAUCACCCAGCUGUUCGCCGUCACUCUCACGGCCAGUGUGAUCAAUGGCUUGGUUGUAGUCGGGCUCCCCACCAUCACUGCAGACCUCCAGCUGCCCCCUUCGCUCUCCCUAUGGCCAUCCUCGGUAUGCAGUCUCGCCACGGCUUCUACACUUCUUCUGUCCGGCUCAAUUGCCGACACAAUUGGCCCACGAUGGGUGGAACUAGUCGGAUCUCUCGCCAGCGGCGCCCUGAUGCUUGGACAGGGUCUGUCGCAAACUGGCAUUGAGCUGGUGAUCAUGCGAGCCUUCCAGGGUGUCGGUCUCUCAAUGCACCUCGCCUCUUCGGUGUCCAUUGUUACCCAACUUUUACCCCCUGGUAAAGGCCGCAACCUGGCAUUCUCUUGCAUUGGUCUGAGCCAGCCAUUGGGCUUCUCACUGGGCCUAGUAGUAGGCGGAAUUCUAAUUGACACAAUCGGCUGGCGCGCAGGCUGGUACAUAGCCGGAGGAAUCACUCUCUUCUUCACUGUCAUCGGAUUGUGGUCGUUACCAAAGAGCCCCGUCCAGCGAGAUGGACACAUCCUGCGCAAUGUCCGAACCAAGAUCGACUGGGUGGGGGCUGGACUUGCUUCAGCAUUUAUGGCUUUGCUCUGCUACCUGCUCGCCAUCCUCAGCGCAAACCCCUCCCGCAUCCGCUCCGCAGAAAGCAUCAUCAUCCUCUGCGUCGCCGCCAUCGCCCUCCCCACCUUCAUCACCUGGGUCCAUUUCCAAGUCAAGCGCGGCAAACCAGCCCUAAUCCCCAACGCACUAUGGAGAAACACCUCUUUUUCGAGCAUCUGCGCGACAGUCGCCCUCUCCAACGCAGUAAUCAACUCCAUGGAACUCUUCGCCAGUUUAUUCUUCCAAGAAAUCCAAUCCCUCAGUGCCCUCGGCGCCUCGAUCCGCAUCCUCCCCAGCCUAAUCGUCGGCGUGCUCAUCAACCUCGUAAUCGGCUUCUUCGUACACCGCAUCCCCGCCUACUGGAUCGUAACCAUCACCUCCUUCUUCUGCGCCUUCUCCCCACUCCUCAUGGCUGUUAUCAACCCAGCCUGGACAUACUGGGCGAAUGCCUUCGUCGCGCAACUCCUGCAGCCCAUUAGCGCGGACGCGCUCUUCACGGUAGGGUUGAUCGUUAUCACGAAUGUGUUUCCGGAUGAUACGCAGGCGUUGGCCGGGGCGGUGUUUAAUACCUCGGCGCAAUUUGGGAGUGCGUUGGGGAUGGCGGUGCUGCAGGUGAUUUCGACGGUUGUGACUGAGGAGAAGGAGAAGGGUGGAGAGAGUGAGAAGAAGGCAUUGAUGGAGGGAUAUCGGGCCAGUUUUUGGACUAUGUUUGGGUUGAUGGUGGUUUGUACGGCGGUGGGGUUCUUUGGGUUAAGGAGAUCGGGGAGGGUGGGGUUGAAGAGGGAUUAG